AUGCUAUCACGACAUUAUGCUACUCAUAAAGAGCUCAAAUUUGCCGUUGAGGGACGUGCGUCUUUGCUAAAAGGCAUCGACGUAUUGUCAAAAGCUGUUGCAGUUACACUGGGUCCUAAGGGGCGUAGCGUGAUAAUUGAGCAACCUUAUGGAAGUCCAAAAAUUACGAAAGACGGCGUUACUGUAGCCAAAAGUAUAACACUUCAAGAUAAAUUUGAAAAUCUUGGGGCCAGGUUGGUUCAAGAUGUUGCCAAUAAGACGAACGAGAUUGCCGGGGACGGUACGACUACGGCUACAAUUCUUACACGUGCAAUUUUUGUCGAAGGAGUGAAGAAUGUUGCUGCUGGUUGUAAUCCUAUGGAUCUCCGCCGCGGUGUUCAAUUGGCUGUUGAUGCGAUUGUUAAAUUUUUGAGAGAUCACAGUCGUGUAAUCACCACCAGUGAAGAGAUUGCUCAGGUUGCUACCAUUUCGGCGAACGGUGACACGCAUGUUGGUAAGCUUAUCGCGAGUGCUAUGGAAAAAGUUGGAAAGGAAGGAGUUAUCACAGUAAAGGAAGGCAAGACUAUUGAAGAUGAACUCGAAAUAACCGAGGGAAUGAGAUUUGACCGUGGAUAUAUCUCCCCUUAUUUUAUAACUGAUGUUAAAACUCAAAAAGUUGAAUUUGAGAAGCCCUUGAUCCUUUUGUCUGAAAAGAAGAUAUCAGUUCUUCAAGACAUUCUUCCGGUUCUAGAUGCCUCAGCUCAACAGCGCAGGCCGCUUCUGAUUGUUGCUGAAGAUAUUGAUGGUGAUGCUUUAGCUGCUUGCAUAUUAAACAAACUUCGUGGGAAUGUUCAGGUCGUCGCCGUUAAGGCACCAGGUUUUGGUGACAACCGUAAAUCUAUUUUGGGCGAUUUGGCGAUUUUAACCGGUGGAACGGUUUUUUCGGAUGAGUUGGAUACCAAACUUGAACGUUUCACACCAGAUCUAUUUGGAUCAGUCGGUUCGGUUACUAUAACUAAGGAGGACACCAUUUUACUUAAUGGAGAAGGUUCCAAGGAGCAGAUUGAUCAGAGGUGCGAUCAAAUUCGCGCUGCCAUCAAUGAUCCAUCCGUGUCAGAUUAUGAGAAAGAAAAACUCCAAGAGCGUCUUGCUAAAUUAUCAGGGGGUGUCGCUGUGAUUAAGGUGGGAGGUUCUUCUGAGGUCGAGGUUGGUGAAAAAAAGGAUCGCUUUGUUGAUGCUUUAAAUGCCACGCGUGCAGCUGUCGAAGAGGGAAUUGUUCCGGGUGGUGGAAUCGCGCUUUUAAAAUCCACUAAAUGUCUAGAUUCUUUGAAGCCCGCCAAUUUUGAUCAAAAGUUGGGUAUAGAUAUUAUUAAAUCUGCCCUUCAAAAGCCAGCACGAACGAUUAUAGACAAUGCCGGAGAAGAAGGCGCGGUCAUUGUGGGAAAACUAUUGGGGGAUCAUGGUGAUGACUUUAACUACGGUUAUGAUGCUGCCAUUGGUGAAUACGGGGAUCUGAUUUCGCGCGGAAUUGUGGAUCCCCUGAAAGUUGUGAGAACAGCUCUUGUUGACUCUUCCGGCGUGGCAAGUUUAUUGACAACAACAGAAUGUAUGAUUACAGAUGCUCCCGAGGAAAAAGGUUCCGGUAUUGGUGCCGCUGGUUUGGGAGGCAUGGGAGGCAUGGGAG